AUGGAACCAAAUUUGUCCAAGAAUGUAAUAUCUUGCGGUGAUCCAGGUGCGAUGAAUUUGGACAGAAUCACCGACACUGUGCGACCGCCGUCGACGCGUGACAUGGCCUCUACUUUUCAUUUGCAGAGAACCUCCAACAAUACACGAGAAAUGUUAGACAACUCAAGCAGCGAGUCAUCAGACACUGAAAUAGCAGAAAAAGAGCGAAGUGCUGAACAUAGAAGUGACGAUGGUAAUACAGAUGACUCAAAGAAAAAGAAGCAGAGGCGGCAGCGGACACACUUCACCAGCCAACAGCUUCAGGAGCUCGAGGCCACCUUCCAACGCAAUCGCUAUCCAGACAUGAGCACGAGGGAGGAGAUCGCCGUGUGGACUAACCUUACCGAGGCAAGAGUUCGGGUAUGGUUCAAAAAUCGCAGAGCGAAGUGGAGGAAGCGGGAACGCAAUCAGCAGAUGGACUUGUGUAAAAACAGCUACCUUCCCCAGUUUAGUGGUUUGAUGCAACCUUAUGAUGACAUGUAUUCCGCUUAUACUUACAACAACUGGACGAAUAAAGGACUAGCUCCGGCUCCGCUGUCGACCAAGAAUUUCACAUUUUUCAAUUCAAUGAGUCCCCUUACCUCCCAGUCCAUGUUCUCAGCCCCAAACUCCAUCUCCUCAAUGAGCAUGGCUUCCGGGAUGGGACAUUCGGCCGUUCCUGGUAUGCCGGCAACAGGUUUGAACAAUAUCAGUAAUCUCAACAGCAUUGGUAACUCCACAAUAAAUUCGGCGAUGACCUCUUCCACGUGCCCUUACGGACCACCCGGUUCUCCGUACAGUGUAUACAGGGACACUUGUAAUUCCAGCCUUGCGACCCUGAGACUGAAAUCAAAGCAGCACCCGACGUUUGGAUACAGUAGCUUGCAAAGUCCCAGUACGAGCCUUAACGCAUGUCAGUACAACAGUUGA